GAAUCAUAUUGCACAUGCGGGGAAUGCGGUGGCUAUGGGCCGGGGCGCUGGCCUCAACAGUGGGGAAUGCCAUGGCUUCGACGUCGCUGGACAGAAGUGCGGCUGAAAUCCUAGCUUUUGGGAGCUGUGGCAGUAUCGCCAGCGGGGUCUGCAGCAGCAGCAUCAGGAGCGGCAGAGCAGGCCCUCAGCACGUCAGCAGGAUCUCCGCCGAGCCUGCGACGAUGUCGCUCACGACGAGGGUAGACUCGGGAGAUUCAUCCGCGAUGAGGCCGGGGGGGGAGGCAACAGUGGCGGGGACGAGGGGGGCGGGUCUCCCGAGCUUUUGGGCGACGUUUUCGCCGUCGAGAGCGGGCCGGGGGAGGGCGCUUGUGUCCCCCUUGUCGGCGAAGGCGGAUUCCGACGAGAGCGGGGUAAUCAACAAGAAGGCGGAGUUUUACGGGAAUUCGGCGCCGGGCGCGGUGGCCCCCAAGGGUGCGGAGAAGCAGGACGAGGCCGCGGUGGAGUACGCGGUUGGGGGGGACUGGGAUAAGUCCGUCCAGCUGAUCAAGGCCAUGCGGGAUAGCGAUUUCGUUCCCUCGGUGAACGCGUACGUGGCGACCAUCGAGGCUUGCCGGAAGGCGGGCGAGUACGACCACGCGUCCACCCUCCUCAGCGACAUGAACAAGGUGUGUCUGCCGGAGGACCUGAUCAAGGCUUACGCCGCCCCGCACCCCAACGCGCCGGGAGUCACUCAGACGCAGAAGGUAUUCUGCUUGGCGAUGAUGAUGCGCCAGGACAAGAUCGAGCCGUUCGAGGAGACUUACCGGGCGAUCAUGGGGCUUGCCUCGAAGGAGAAGCUGUGGCAAGUGAGCUUGCUGCUGGUGGAGCACCUCAAGCGGAACGGGCUGGUUCCGGGAAAGUUCGUCUACGAUGAGAUCUGCUCCGUUCUCUUCAAGACCGGACAUCCCGAGAUGGCCACGAUGAUUUUCGAGGAUGCCCUUGGCGGCAACAUCGAAGAGCUCAACUCUUUCGCCCCUCCGGAGUUGGACCUGCACAAUCACACCGUCAGCACGGCGCUGGCGGCGGUUCGAGUGGUGCUGCUGGACAUGGCACGAAAACCUUCCACGAGACCCUUCCACGACCCGACACAGGAGCUGUUAAUCAUCACCGGGAUGGGGAACAACAGCAAGGACGGGGAAGCGGUGAUUAAGCCAAGAGUGAUGGAGCUGCUUUCGGACAUGGGUCUGGAACCAAGCAUGAUGCGGAAUAACGAGGGCUGUAUCGUGCUGCAGCCCGCUGAUCUUCAGGCCUACAUGGCGAGGACGGCGGGAGACUAAGAUGAUCCUUAGCCAAGCGAUGGUACGGAUGCGCUGUAGUCCUGUCGGCCGCAUCCCUCAACGGAGUAGCUGCAACUGCUCCACUCUCUCCUGCACCCGAACCUGCCCAACAGAUAUGAUGACCCUUUUUCGUCGGUGCCUGGGUACACUCCGUUGUGUGUCAUGCGGAGAGUGGAAUGUACCGCACCCCCCGUGGUUGCAUUCGAGCCCUGGGCAUACAUGACCGCGUUGUACGGCGGGUUGAAGCCUUUAUUACUGUGUGUUGUGUCCGCGUCCGAAACGGCCCGUUGCUACCAGAAGUUGCGAAAGUUUCGGAGUUGAGGCGGGCGACUUUUGAGUUUGUGUUUCAUUUGCCAUAGAUUGGGGCUCAUGAAACCCCUGCUUGGAGGCUGUUUCGCCUUGACAGUCUGCUUGAUGAGUGCGCGAUUGGUACGAGUGUGGCGACGGUUCGCGUAGCAGACUGUGCGACUUGACUUGGUCGGCUCCUUGCUUGAAACGGUUACCUUGCGCAUGCUGGUACCAUUUUGUCGGCCAUGUUUUCCUUGGUGUGCACCCCGGAUGCACCGUCACGUGAUUUUGAAGAAGGGCGGGGAGAUACAAACAGUUGCGGUCGCAUAAAGAUGAGGACUGCCUACCGUUCCCUUGUCGCGUGAAGUGGACGCUCUAGUCUUGUCUCGAGUGGGACGCGGUGAGAUGGCGCGGUGCGUCACGCGUCCAGUUUUGUGUUCCAAUUCCUCUGUUGUUGGCGCAACCUUGCCCUUUCAAAAGCUGUUGCCAGCCUCCAUCCGGAGUCUCGUCGGGGACAAGCGGCAGUGUGGAAGGCUAAACGGGUUGGGGGGAAUUUCGUUGAAGUCAAGUUGUGUCGCAGUACUGCAUGAGUCUGCACGCGAACGUAUGUCACCUUUUAAACCGGGAUGUUUUUGGAAUUCGACGUGGGUUUAUAUUCAGGCUUGUGACCGGUAAAGGUGGGGGUUUGCCUAGUCCUCGGAGACGUUCGCACUUUGCUGCAGGAAGGUGUUGGGGAGGGUGGGCUGUAAGGCGGCGAGCUACACAUGGGGUUUUUUAAUGCGACGGCGUGCAUCGUUCAUACGUGUUGCCGGCAUCGAACUUUUGUUUUUUAGAGCACUAGAGAUCAAUUGCCCGGAUGGGACGGGGGGAGGGUAGAAUCGGUCGCGCUCACGUUCUCGCGUUUGGGUGCACCAGAGAGGCAACGCAGCAACCUACCCUAGGAGAUGUCAAGAGAGAUUGGGACACUUGUUUCG